AUGGGCAGAGUCCAACUCGACACAUAUCCAUCAAUUUUGCUUCUGAAAUGUCUGUUUUACUACAAAAUAGGAAAUCGUCGAAUGGCACGAAUCGAGAAACGAAGGAAAAGAAAAUAUGUGGUUCCGACGACGUUUGAAGAGACAGUCAAUACUUUGAUUAGAAUGAAAACUGAAGAUCUUGAGGGAUAUUUGGCUGAGCAGAAGAGAGCACACAGGAUGUUUUCUAGGCUGGAGAGAAGAUUGAGACUUCGGAUCUACAGAAUUCCUGAACGUUCAGUGCCCGGAUAUGAGAAGCCAGUAUCAAUGUGGGAUAAGUUGAAGAAAAAGUUUCGUUCCGAGCGAACUGAACAACUUUCGGAAGGUGAUCAGGAAACCUAUCGAAAGUUGUUGAUCGAGAGAUUGUUGUAUUUCUAUAAGAUAAGCGACUCACGACUGACAAGAAUUGAAGAACGAUUGAAACACGAAGAUGUCAUCACUGUCGCGCACGAAGUGAUAGUGAAGUCACUCAAUGGAAGAACAACGGAAAGACUUGAAGCGGAUUUGGCAAAAGAAAAACACAGACAGAAGGAGUUUUCGAGACGGGAACUAAGACUGGGACUUCAAGUUUACAAGAUUAGGAAGAGUGAAGAACCUGGAUAUAAGGAGUCACCGACAAUGUGGGAAAACGCUAAAACUGCAUGUAUGGAAGUUCACAAAAAAUUAUAUUGCGCUGUGAAUACCUUGAAAACCAAAAUGUUGGAACGGAAAACUGCUAAAAUCUGA